AUGUAUUAGGAAGAAGAAAGUAUAUAUAAUAUAAUCCCAAAAGAGGUUUAUAUCCCUCCAAAAUAAGGAAAAUAUAAAUCUAGGUACCCUCCUGACAUCGUUCCCACAGGAUCUACUCUUGCACUUAGAAAUAGUUAAAAACCAAAUGUUAGAAAUUGUGGGGGUCAUUUUGAAGAAAUAAUUGAAGAUCACCCAAUCUCAUGCAAAUAUUCUACUUUAGGAAAACCAAAAGGUUCUUAUAAAUAGUCUCCUGAUAGAUAUCUUAAAAAAGGAGAAGGCUCUCAAUCCAUCUUUCACUUACCAAAAAUAUAAAAUAAUUCUUCUAUAAGACAAUCUCAUAGCUAAGAAAAAAUUAAACCUCCUGUACCCAAACUAAGCGAAUCGCCAUUAUUAUUGAAGGGAACUAAAAAGAAUUUCAUACUUGAUAAUAUAGUUAGCAAUAUUUUAUCUGUACCUGCAGUAUCUCAAUCCUAACCAGAUUGGUUAAAAAAGAAAGAAUACGGAUAAACUCCUAGAUAUCUUCAAAGAAUAAAAGAAAGAACACUAUAAGAAAGCAUUAUAAUGAAAGAUAUUGUAAGAGCUUAGGAAUAGGAAGAAUAAAAGAAACUAUAUGAGCUUUCAUAAUAAGAACUGCAAAAUUUAAGAGAUGGACUAAAGAGUAAAUGGGAGUAAGUUUAUAGAGAAUAUCAGCAGCUUACUCAUAUCACAAAAAUAGAUACUAUCCAUAAAUUAAGAAAGAAAGAGAAGUGUGAGGAAUAGCUGAAACAACUAGAAGCAGACAUGUUAAAACUAAAAAAGAAUCACAUCUUUGUUGACGCAGCAAAAUGA